GUUGCGCAGACCUGGUAAGAGGUGAAGAGCACAUGGCGGAGGUAAACAAGCGCGAGGAGAGCUAGAGUGAGCAGAUAUUCAAUGGCUGCAAUGUUAACCACCGUUCUCGGAAGGCUCCCUUUGCUUCCUGCCGGGAAAACGACGUGCUGCUCUAUCCAGUGUCUAGACGCGUCGAUCGUCCUCGGUGUGCAACAGCAGAGGUGGAAGAGGAUACGGCAGAGGAAACCACGCUGGAUGCCCAUCGCCCCGUCCAAACUUUUUAACAUCAUCGAACACAAGCCCGCCGAUCCAGAUGAAACCAAGCAGUUGAAGCGCUUGUACGACCUCUACCGCACGGAAAUUAAGUCUUUAAGGCACUACUUCAUUAAAGAACAUCAACUGGCUCUGGAAGAAGCAGACAAGUUCUCGGCUGUGUCGUUGGAAGAAGCGCGAGAGCAUGAACGUCUCCUCGAAGAGAACGAGAAGGAAAACCAGCGAGUAGCCCAGAUGAGGUACGGCUCACUUCAUGGCAAUGCGCGACACUUUGACUGUUCUAGGUCAUGGAGUUUGGGGUGCCGUAACUUGAAAUGCCACAAGUUUGCCAAUGCAUGCUUCAUUCUUUUUAGAGAGGAGAGGAACAAGCAGGAGGCAGAGAAGAUGGUUGAAGACCUGCUUCAGAGAGAAGUUGAAGCAAAAGCCAAGCUCGUAGAGUUGAAAGAGCACAUCGAGCAGAUUGUGCGAGAGGAAAAGGCCAAAAGCGACACCUACAUCACCAUGGAGAAACUGGAUGCAGCCAUCGAGUUUGCCAUUGAACACCCAGUCAGCUACAGCUAUGCCAUAGACCCAAAGGGCAACCAGCUGUGGGAAGGGACCCCGCAUUACGAGGUGUCGUUGCAAGAAUCGUCACCGAAGAGCUGAAACAUGGUUGCGGCACCCCGUGUUUGUAGGUUUUCAUAAAUGUAUCUUUCAGUUCUUC